GCCACGAUAUAUACCCUCUUCCUCGACGACCCCUUUACUUAUAAAAUUUUUGAUAACUUGGUUAGAUUCUUCUAAUAUUUAUCUUUGGAACAUGGAGGGUUCUUCAAAUGGAUUGAGAAAAGGUACAUGGACUGCUGACGAAGAUAGUCUCUUGAGGCAAUGUAUUGAUAAGUAUGGAGAAGGCAAAUGGCAUCAUGUUCCUUUAAGAGCUGGGUUAAACCGAUGCGGGAAGGGUUGUAGACUAAGAUGGUUGAACUACUUGAAGCCAAGUAUUAAAAGAGGAAAAUUUAACUCAGACGAAGUUGAUCUUCUCAUUCGCCUUCAUAGGCUUCUAGGAAACAGGUGGUCACUCAUCGCCGGUAGGUUGCCUGGUCGAACAGCUAAUAAUGUCAAGAAUUACUGGAACACUAAUUUCUCGUGUUGUAAGAGCAAAACGAGAAAGAGAGAAAAUACUUCUUCAGCUACUCCUCCGAUCCAAAGAAUCAAUGUUAUAAAGCCUCUACCUCAAUCCUACAACGACUGCAGCCGGCUCUACUGGCAGCCAGAAGUUGGCUUUGGCAAAGCAAGCAACAAAGAUGGUAGUAUCACAUGUAACAAAGAUAACCAGAAAAAUGAGUCUGUGAACAGUCUUAAGGUUUGUAAGAUUUGCAGUAAAGAAAAACUCUCCAAAAGUGUGUAA